GGCCCACAUGAAAACAGGAUCCGGUUACCGUACGCGCCAUACCUUAAAUGCGAAGGUUUCGCGACACCACUCUCUCAUUCUCCAAGACCGACACAUCUUUCAAUUCAGCUGCAUUUAUAUUUAAAAUAAUAUUAGCAUUGCAUUUAAUUGUAACUGUAAAUUUUUUUCCUAAUUUAUUGCUGAAGGCUAAGUUGGUGCGUUUAAAUUUAAUUGAGAAUAUGGAAGACGGCGGAAGAAGGAAAAACGGCGUCGUGUGUUCUUCGGAAACGGCGAAUGGAGGCGAAGAUGUGUAUAGCUGUAAAGAAUCCGAUCAGUCGUCUGCUGAUCAUCUUGUUAUCAUGGUCCAUGGAAUUCUCGGAAGUGCCUCGGAUUGGAAGUUUGCUGCUGAGCAAUUUGUCAAUAAGCUCCCUGAUAAAGUUUUUGCUUACUGUAGUGAACGAAAUAUGGCAAAGCUAACAUUGGAUGGUGUGGAUGUAAUGGGUGAGCGACUAGCUGAGGAGGUUCUAGAUGUAAUCAAAAGGAAGCCUGGCUUAAGGAAAAUUUCAUUCGUGGCACAUUCUGUAGGGGGCCUUGUGGCAAGAUAUGCUAUUGGGAGAUUAUACAGACCUCCAAAGGGGAAGAGUACAGAAGAGAUGUCAGCCAAUGCUUGUGAAGAAGGGUCGAAGGGUACAAUAGCUGGUUUAGAACCAAUGAACUUUAUCACUGUUGCUACUCCUCAUCUUGGUUCCUGGGGUAAUAAGCAGGUACCAUUUCUUUUUGGUGUAACAGCUUUUGAGAAAGCUGCUGGUCGUGUAAUUCACUGGAUAUUUAGGAGAACAGGAAGACACCUUUUUCUUACAGAUGAUGAUGAAGGGAAGCCUCCACUACUUAAACGCAUGGUGGAAGAUCAUGAAGAAUGUGAAUUUAUGUCUGCUUUACGAUCAUUCCGACGGCGGGUGGCAUACUCAAACGUUGGUUAUGACCAUAUUGUGGGCUGGAGAACUUCAUCAAUUAGAUGGAAUAAUGAAUUGCCAAAGUGGGAGGAUUCUGUAGAUGAAAAAUAUCCUCAUGUUGUCUAUGAAGAGCACUGCAAGGCUCUAGAUGUGAAGCAGCAGGAGUCUAUUUCGACAGAGGAUGAUGGUUUAGAUAAGCUUGAAGAGGAACUGGUGACUGGCUUAUCUAGUGUGCCAUGGGAGAAAGUAGAUGUCAGCUUCCACAGCUGCAGGCUCAGAUUUGCUGCCCAUAGUGUUAUUCAGGUUAAAGAUCAAUACAUGCAUUCAGAAGGUGCAGAUGUUAUACAACACAUGAUAGAUCAUUUUCUUUUAUAGGAGCUCCAAUAUUCUGAAUCAUGUCUGUUCCUGGCCUAGAUUGUAUGAUAUUGCAAAGAUGGAGAAGCAAGAUGAUUUAUGGGUUUCGUUGAUUCAGGUUUGCACGUUCUGAUGUACGAGUAGAGGUCAAUUUCGUCUAAACUACGAUUAUGGAAUUAUCAUGGUGAAAUUUGUUUAUUCAUUGCUUAAGCUGUAAAUGAAACACUCUGGAUUACUUAAUCCAUUAAUGGAUUGUUACUAUCGUCAUCGUCAGAGCCGGUCCUGUGGCCAGACAAAUGAGGCCUGUGCCUUAGACCCAAGACCAUAGGGGUCUAUUUUGGCCCAAAAGAAUUAUUAUUUUUUUUAUUUUUAAUAUUAGAAGAAGGAAAAGGAAAAUGGGUUUUUCAUUAA